UCCAUAAAACAUUACAUGGAUUCCAGAUCUCUUAAGCUAUACAGGUGGUACUACUCCAGAAUAUGGCAGUGGAUGCUGAAUGUCAUGAUAGUGUUGGUCCUUGGCCUUGCCUUCAUAGAGAGCCCUUCCUCCCUGUCCCAGACCUCUGACCUACGCUACAAACAGUGCCCCUGGGAAGCCCCGUGUGGGCUCACGGAGACCAUCGAGAUGCUCUGCCUUCUCACCUUCACACUCGACCUGGCUGCAAAGAUCUAUCUGAUUGGUUGGGGAGAGUUCUGGAAAUGCAGAUGGCUGAUAGGCUACAUGGUGGUUAUUGCAUUGUCUUUCAUGGACUGGACAUUAUCCUGGGCCAUGCUUUGUCAAGAGCAUAACAUUAGAUUCAGAAGACUCCUAAGGCCAUUCUUCCUCUUGCAAAAUUCAUCACUGAUGAAGAAGACUUUGAAAUCCAUCAAACGCACUCUAUCAGAAAUUAUGAGUGUCUUUUUGCUUGUAGUUCUGCACCUGUGUCUCUUCACUAUAUUUGGAAUGCUGCUGUUCACCAGACAAGAGGAAUCCAAGACCCACACAGAAUGGGAGUCUUACUUUAAGAGCCUUCCUCAGUCUUUCACAUCUUUGCUGGUUCUUAUCACUACAGCAAAUAAUCCAGACGUGAUGACCCCAGCAUACUCUUCAAACAGAAUCUACUCUCUAUUUUUCAUCCUCUUCAGUGGUUUCGGAACAUUCUUUUUGAUGAACCUGCUGACUGCCAUCAUCUAUAAUCAAUUCAGGGGAUAUUUACUGCUGUCCAUCCAGACGUCCAUCUUGAGAAGGAGGAUGGGGAUCCGAGCUGCCUUUGAGCUGCUCAGCUGCCAGCAGCCAGCACUCACUCUCUCUGAUGAUGACAUGAUUGAAUGCGUGCAGGUGAAGACACUUCUGAAGGUUCUGAGACGAGUCAAGAUGGAUUCCUACUACCGGCAGGCCAUAAUUAAAAAAGCGCUGCAGUCUCAUAAUGGCCACAUUGAGAGAGAAGCCUUUCAGAUGUUAUUUGACGAACUGGACAAAGACAGGAUCAAAGAGCACCCUCCGGCUCCAGAGUACUCCUCCGUGAUCCUGCGCAGGCUGCAGCGUGUCCUCAGUCACGGCGUCAUCACGGUGGGAGGCAACGCCGUGGCGCUGGCCAACGUCAUCUGCAUCUGUACUAUCCUUGUGAUUGACUCAGGAAAGACCUUGUCUCAACGAGAUGACUACUAUUUGGAGUUAAUCAACUGCUUCUUCAUCCUGUGCUACCUGCUGGAGAUGCUACUAAAAAUAAUUUCUAUGGGAUGGAGAGGCUACCUUUCCCAUGGAAGUAACGUUUUUGAUGGAUUUCUAACAGUACUGUUACUGGUCCUUCAGAUAUGUGUCUUUGCCACUUAUAGACUUCCAUUUGCCAGCUGGAACCCUGCCAAGAAAGGACUGCUGCCUCUGUACGAGAUGGCACAUCUGGUCAACAUGCUGAUCGUUGUCCGUUUCUUGAGGAUUAUCCCUAACAUAAAGCUUAUGGCUCUGGUGGCCAGCACCCUUAUGGAUUUGGUGAAGAACCUGAGAGCGUUUGUUGGAAUUUUAGUGGUUGUCUUUUAUGUCUAUGCAAUCAUUGGAAUUUGGCUCUUCAAGGGAGUGAUUGUGUCUCCCACUAAUAUAAGCUGCAGUCAUUCUCAAAUAAGGAAAUACAGUGGCAACGUUUCAGUUGAAUGUGGCUCAUAUGAACAACUUGGCUACUGGGCAAACAACUUUGAUGACUUUGCUGCAUCUCUAGUUCUGCUCUACAACAUCAUGGUGGUGAACAACUGGCAGGUUUUUCUGGAGGCCUACUCAAGACACACCUCAGAAUGGUCAAAGAUUUACUUUAUUUCCUGGUGGCUGACCUCUUCAAUCAUGUGGGUGAACCUGUUUGUGGCUCUGAUUAUAGAGAACUUCAUCUAUAAGUGUGACAGGAGUCAUGGGUCCUCCGUGUCUGAUCUGAGCGUGACUGACUUUGAGACGACUGUGCAGCUGAUGUUCAGAGAGCACAUCCCAGAGCCCACAGAAGAGGAGAUCAUUAGCAGGCUACAUGAGAACCCGCAUCUCCACCUUACUCUGUAGUGCACCUUAAGAAGAAAGCUAAGUACACUACACUCUCAGCCCAACUGCAGUGUAUCACAACAGGAGUCUUUCAGCCUGUACCUGUCUUACCAACCGUUCCGCAUCUCCACCUUACUCUGUAAUGCACCUUAAGAAGAAAGCUAAGUACACUACACUCUCAGCCCAACUGCAGUGUAAUGCACCUUAAGAAGAAAGCUAAGGACACUACACUCUCAGCCCAACUGCAGUGUAUCACAACAGGACUCUUUCAGCCUGUACCUGUCUUACCAACUGUCCCGCAUCUUCACCUUACUCUGUAAUGCACCUCAAGAAGAAAGCUAAGUACACUACACUCUCAGCUCGACUGCAGUGUAUCACAACAGGACUCUUUCAGCCUGUACUGUACCUGUCUUACCAACCGUACAAUUGCUCUGUCUCUAGCACUAAUAGCACUAAUUGACCUGCUGUGAAGAAAUAAUACGAUAAAUCCUGUGUUUUGUCUUGUCUAUUUAAAAAUAAUUAUUUCAUCCAUUUACAUGAAAUUGAAAAUGCCGCUCCAUGUAGUGUAGUAUCCACGAGUCUGUAACUUUUGCCUACACGUGAGUCUGUGAAUGAGAUAUUAAGAAUCUGUACAAAGUUUAUAGCACAUUUUGACAUUGAACUAAAUCUUAAUGAAACCAUGCCAUAUUCCAUUAUUAGUCUUUCAAGUUUUUUUGAAACCAUAUGACCUGUCUUGAACUGAUGAGGAAGUCCAUAUUGUUCUCCAUAACAACACACAGUCCAUGCAGUUUUGCGCAACUUCCUUGACAAGUUCUCAACGCAGGCCUCAUGUGAGAUUACU